AUGAUCUUGCUCUUGAGCUCCGUUGCCAACGUCACCCAUGGGGUAUUCCGCCCUUCGGCCAAGCUGGAUAACCUGUUCGAUAGCUUCGAACCUGGGCCUGUCCGGGCUACCGACGGUUUUGGGAUGCGCAAACUGGAAGCGUUCGCAAAGUUCAUGCCGAAGACGCCAGUCUGGAUCGACCUUCUACUGGCAAACGGCAUGGAAUCACGCAAAGCGAAGACUGUUCGAAGUAUUGUGACGGCGUCCGAGUUCUUGAGACGGCGGCUCGCAGCUGAGAGACCGCUCUGGUUCGCGCCGGGCUAUGAGUGUCUCAGACCCAAACAGGUAGAGUUCUUCCUGAGCGACAACGCAGGGGGCGGGAAACACACCACUAUUGUCGAAUACUUCAGAGAAAGUACGUUCUCCAUUGAUUUGGCGCAGCCAAUUCUAUUGUUGCAGAGUACUGGAGGGACCUCAAAGACUACCCUGUAG